UUUCAUUGUACGUGAUCGCAGAUUGCUCCCUCCGCCAUUUUCCUUAACCGGAGUUAAAGAAGUGGUCGCUGUCGUGCGUAAAAGUUGGUCCCAGGGGUAGACGAUUCGCGCGUCUUUUUAAUCAAAUAUUAUUUGCGACUACUCUUAUUUUAUUCAGCAAAAAACACCGAACCACGCAGAAAGAUGUCCAGCGAGCAGGUCGAGAUCCCCACCGAGACAGCAGGCCAGCAGCCUCCUCCUCAGCAGCAGCAGCAGCCGCCGCAGCAGCAGGGAGAGGUGAACGGGAAAGCCAAGCAUGAGCCCAACUCGAGUAGGAAGGAGAGGCCCCAGAAGAGAGGUGGAGGAGGGCGCUACGAACCCUAUGGAAACGCCAACAGAAGAUACCGUGUGUUUGUCAGCAACAUCCCAUACGAUGUGAAAUGGCAAGCCCUCAAGGAUCUGAUGAAAGAAAAAGUGGGUGAUGUUACGUACGUGGAACACUUAAUGGACGCAGAAGGCAAAUCAAGGGGUUGUGCUGUCGUUGAGUUUAGGAGUGAGGAGCUGAUGAAGAAAGCUGUGGAAAAGGUCAACAAGCACAAUCUCAAUGGCAGGCCCCUGAAAGUUAAAGAGGACCCUGAUGGUGUGAUCGCUCAGAGAGAAAUCAACAAGGGGCAAGGCGGAGGCCCCCCAGGAGGCCCUGGAGGAAUGGGUGGAAUGGAUCGCAUGAAUAUGGAACGAAUGGGCCCAGGACCAAAUGGCCCAGUCAACAUCCCUCCAAGUCUGAUGAACAACCCCAACAUUCCCAACGAGAUCAUCCAUGGGCUUCAGGCGGGCAGGAUUGGGAGCACUGUAUUUGUGGCCAAUCUUGACUAUAAAGUGGGCUGGAAGAAGCUGAAAGAGGUCUUCGGCAUGGCAGGCAUGGUGGUGAGGGCUGACAUCCUGGAGGACAAGGAUGGGAAAAGCAGAGGCAUGGGCACCGUGACAUUUGACAUGCCACUUGAAGCAGUCCAAGCAGUCUCCAUGUUCAAUGGGCAGCUGUUAUUCAACAGAGUGAUGCACGUCAAACUGGAUGAAAAAUCCAUGCCCAAAGAUUUUGGACCACCUGACAGAUCUGCAGCUCUUCCUCGUGGCCUGAGUGGCAUUGGUUUGGGCCUUGGACCGGGUGGUCAGCCCAUUGAUGCUGGUCAACUCAACAGAGGUGGAGGUGGAGGUGGUAGUGGAGGAAUGGGCAACAUGGGCCCUGGAGGAAUGGAUGGAAUGGGCUUUGGCAACAUGGGAGGUCGCAUGGGUGGAGGUGGUGGAGGUGGUGGAGGGGGAAUGGACAACUUUGGAGGCAUGAACAACAUGGAGCGUUUCAGUUCUUCAGGAAUGGGCAGAAUGAAUGAGAUGGACCGUGGGAUUGGUGGUGCUUUUGACAGGGAGUUUGGGCGGAAUGAAAUGGGAAUGUCUCGCAAUAAUUUUGGAGAGUCGUUUGAAAGAGGAAUGGGAAACAACAUGGGCAUGGACCGCAUGAGCUCUGGAAUGGACCGCUUGGGAUCCAGCAUGGACCGUAUGGGAGGGAUGGACCGCAUGGGCAUGGAAAGGAUGGACCGUGUGUCUGACCUGGAUAGGCUUGGUUCAGGGUUUGACCGUAUGGGCUCUGGGAUCGACAGGCUGGGGCCCAGCAUGGACAGGCUUGGACCAGGCUUGGAACGUAUGAGCUCCAGCAUGGACCGUCUUGGCCCAGCUGGGUUUGACCGCUUAGGCACAUCUGGUAUGGAUCGCAUGGGCUCUGGCAUGGACUUUGGCACCCCAAUGGGUAUGGAUCGCAUGGGCAACACUGGGCUAGACAGAAUGAACAGCAGCUUCGACCGCAUAGGCUCAACUGGAGGACUGGACCGCUUCCCCUCAGGUGGCCUCGACCGCAUGGGCUCUGGCAUGGAUCGAAUGGGAUCCGGAAGUGUUGGUGGUCAGUUUGAUCGCUCUGCUGACAUGGACCGUGGAUUUGGUGGAAAUUCCUUUGGGGGUGCUGGAGGGCCUGGAACUGGGGGAAGCAAUAUCAGGAAGGGAUGCCAGAUCUUUGUCAGAAAUCUGCCUUUCGAUUUUGGCUGGAAGAUGCUCAAGGAAACCUUCAACGCUUGCGGCAUGGUUCAGUAUGCAGAUAUUAAGAUGGAAAACGGCAAGUCCAAAGGCUGUGGUGUUGUUCGCUUCGACAGCCCUGAAACCGCAGAGCGCGCCUGCAGGACCAUGAAUGGCUAUCGCCUGAAUGGAAGAGAGAUUGAUGUCAGGAUUGAUAGGAAUGCAUAAGUUGUUCGUCUGUUAACAGAUAGCAUUUCAUAAAGUCUUUGAUGUCAAAAAUGCUCUAUCAGUUGAAUUGCUCUAAGGCAAAUUCACUCUGUGUUCAUAUUCACUUGGUUUGUCAGAUAUGUGUAACAGUGGAAAUGUUAUUUUAGUUAGUGAUUUGUUACUGAUGGUGUUUUAGUUUUUU